AUGGCUGACCCCCUCUCUGUAGUGGCAUCAAUUGCGGGCAUCGCUGCUGUUGCACUCAAGUCUACAAACGCCUUGCUCGACUUUUCUACCAAGGUAAAGAACGCGCCCAAGGAGGUUGCGAGUAUUUCUGAUGAUGCCUUGAACAUUUCGAGGAUUAUCUCUUCUUUGCAGUCCGCGAUACAAAACGCCCAAAUAAAAGCCGCUCUCCAGUCAGGGCCUAACAGUGAGGUCUUGAACGCGAUUGAAGCUUUGCAAGAUCCAUUAAUUGCGUGCUCAUCUACGAACGAAGGUUUGCUGCAAAAGAUGAAGUCUUAUACGAAACCCGUGAAUGGCAGUGAUGGAGAGCGAAGUAUAUCUCAUAGGCGUAUCAAGUGGUAUCUCUCUCGCAAAGAAGUUAACGAUAUGGUCUCGGGUGUCGAAAGAACUAAGAAGACCUUGGACACCGCAAUGAACGCCGUUGUAACAAUCUGUAUUCUGACAGCAAAGUCUAACGGCUUUCUGCAGCCGGAGCCAGUCAACGCCAGAAAGGACGCUGUGAUUGCUUUGCAGCAUUACGCCAACAGUCUAUACGCGAGAACUAUCAAUGAAGAUGCUACGGCUCGAUCGAUCACCCAGGUGGGCAUCUUCCAACAGAAGGUCAUUGCAAACGAAGGCAGCACGAACACGUCCCGUACUGCGGUUGAUAGCUCAGCCAGCAACUACGAACGUUUGCAACGCACAAGUAACCAGCUUCAAGGCCUCCGUAGCGCAGCCCGAGAUGGUGACCAUCUGCUGGUCCAGCUUCAGCUCGAGGAAGGUGCAGAAAUAAACGCUCAAGAUGCGGAUGGUCGUACAGCUCUCUCAUUCGCAGCGGAAUAUGGCAGUGAAUCAGCAGUGAGGACUUUGAUCGAGAACGGUGCUGACGUGAACCUCAAAUGUUUCGUGCGAUGGAGCGGGGCUGAUCGUGUGUUCAACUCGGAGCGAACCCCCUUACAUUGGGCGUGCUGGAAUGGGUACGCCGGCAUCGUUGGGCUCUUGAUCACUGCAGGAGCGGAAGUCAAUGCAAAGAACUAUGCUUCACGCGUCCCAUUGAGAGAGGCCGCAAGAUUUGGCCACUUAGCAUGCAUGGAGAGGUUGCUGGACGCGGGCGCAGAUGUGGAGGCUAGGGAAUGGAAGGGCUGGACACCACUGCAUGAGGCUUGCCAUAAAGACCAGCUGGCCGCACAGAAGCUUCUUCUCGCUCGCGGUGCAGCUAUUGAGGGCAUUCUCACCGACAACAACGGUGCCUGUGUUUACGGCUGCACUGCGCUGCACGUUGCUUUGUUACAUAGGUCGACACUAUGUGUUGCCGAUCUACUCAGUCGAAAGUGUGAUCUCGAGCCUAGAAACUCGAAGGAUGAGACUCCGAUGCACUUUGCUGCAUGGUACGGAGAAGUUGGCGAUCUGAUUGUUCUCCUAAACGCCGGAGCUCAACUUGAGGCAAGGGAGCAUGGUGGUGAGACGCCUCUACACAAGGCUGUGCAUGCUGGCUCUCUGGACAAGGUGAGGUUUCUGUUACUAAAGGGUGCUGAUCCAUUUGUAAAGGACAUCCUAGGUAAAAACGUUCUAGACGUUAGUAUUAGGCAUAGCAGGGAGGAUAUAGUACGAGCUGUGAGAGAAGCUAUCAGAGCUCGUCCGGACAUGAUAGUGGAAGAAAGGUCUGCACGAUGA